AUGUCUGUCCUCUCUCGCGAUACAAUCUUGAAGGCCAUCAAAGAAAAGCAAAUUACUGUAACUCCUUUCAACUUGUCUCACUUAGGUCCUGCAUCCUACGAUCUGACUCUAUCAGAUGAAUUUAGAGAAUUAACUGUAACUGGAGAUGUUAUUCCAAUUACUGACGAUGUAGACUACAAACAAUAUUCCAAAGCUGUAAAAAUUCCAAAAGGUGAAGCUUACAUCUUGCAACCAGGAAAGACUGUUUUGGGUAUCACAGAGGAAGUAAUUGCUCUCUCGCCAGGAUUUUGCGGGUUGCUUGAGGGAAGAUCAAGAUUUGCGCGUAUGGGUCUUGCCAUUCACAUAACUGCUGGUUUCAUGCAGCCAGGUAUUAACAACAAACAAGUUCUGGAAAUUUUCAACGCAAGCCCCAAUCCUCUUGCACUAUACCCUGGAACUCAUGUUUGUCAAUUUGUGUUUUUGAAGUUGGAAGGAAAGGCCAUUUACACAGGACGUUUUGCAAACCAAUCUCUGGAAUAA